CAAGGUGAGGCCUUUUCAUCAAUGUUAUGUAUCGAUGUCUUCAGGAAGUCUUUAUGUUUUUGAAACUCAUUCAGGUGUGUGCUUGUGAGCGAGGCUUUGAGCUGGAGAGCAGCGGCCAAGUCUGCAAGGACGUGGAUGAGUGCCAGAAGCCAGGUGGUCAGCCUUGCAGUCAGACCUGUGUCAACACCGAGGGCUCCUAUGGCUGCGCCUGUCACCCUGGCUACUCCCUGGAGCCUGAUGGCCAUACCUGUAAAGCAGCAGGUACCGAACCAAUCCUGCUUGUGGCAAUUCAGUUCAGCCUACUCCUCUGUGGCUUGAGGAGCUUGAAGGAAGAUAUUCUGGCAACCGUAGACAAGAACAUGAUGAUUUUCUCUAUUGACUAUGACUUAGUGGGGCAGAAGGUCUUCUGGACGGAUGUCGGUACGGAAAGUAUUAAGUGGAUAAGUAUGGACACCAAGAAGAAAGGGACCGUGGUGAAAGGGAUAAGGUCAGACUGUAUAGUGGUCGACUGGAUCGGGAGGAAUCUGUACUGGGUGGAUGGGACAGCUGGCCAGAUUUUGGCAAUUCGGCUGACUGCUGUCUGGAGAGGAAAAUCUGAGCACACGAUUGUCCUGGAUGAUGACGUGACUCAACCACGGUCUUUGGCUUUAGAUCCCCUAAACGGGUUAAUGUACUGGUCUGAAAUUGGAGGAGAACCUCAAAUAGAACAAGCCGGGAUGGAUGGUAGCAGCAGAAAAGUACUCAUCAAUCAAGGUCUUGGCUCGCCAACCAGCAUAGCGCUUGACCAGUUUAGCUGGAAGAUAUUCUGGUCCGAUGACAAAUUUCACUGUAUUGGCUCUGCUAAUCUAGAUGGCACUGGUAUUACUAUGCUGCAGCUAACUCGAAUCAAGAGCCCCUUUUCGGUCGCUGUGUUUGAAGAUGAAGUCUUCUGGUCUGAGAUGAAGACGAGAACCGUACAACGCAUGAAGAAGACAACAGGCAAGGACAGGGCUGUCCUCAUCAAGCGUUCUGAACAGCCGUACGGACUCAAGGUCUACAGUGUACUCUUCAAAGUUUGCCCCUCAGUCUCCCUAAAAAGGCCAUAUGUAUGAACUUCCCAAGUGCAAACUAGUGACAUCCUUCUGUCAUGAUUAGAAAGCAAGAUUUACCCAUUAGCUAUUUGUAAGGAUUCGGUGAUGCGUAGUAACAUCUGGCUGCUUUCUUCCAGAUCAUGCAUGAAGUGCUCCAGCCCAAGUCUACCAAUCCUUGUCUGGACGCUGGAUGUUCUCACUUGUGCCUUCUGAGCCCACGCCCCAAGGGAAGCUGUCGUUGCCCAGUUGGACUCCUGCUCGCAGACGAUGGCACCACCUGCAUUCCACUCGAGGAGUCUGCAUUUAUGUUCCUUGUGUUGCCCACAGUUAUCAUGCAGGUACUGUUCCACAGCCUUACGUGUCUGGGCCUGGGCCGCAGUCCAUUUCAGACCGAGUAAUUUGCAUUCCCCAUGCACAGUUAUACAUAGUAGGGGCCCUUGCCCUUGGAAUGUUCUUUUUUUUUUUCUAAUUUUUUCUUUUUUUAUUUAGUGUUUGUUUAUUUCUGAGAGAGAGAAAGA